GCGUGAUGCUCAAGGUUGGGGGCGCUCAGGUAAGUUUCGUGCUGCUGUUGAUGAUGUUGAUGUUGUACGAUAUUAAUAGACAUUGUGUAUAUAUAUCUUGAGAUCGCAUCGUUUUCUUUCUAAUUCUUUUCUGCGUGUUUUUUCAAUUUGAGUGAUGUUUUGAGCGAUUUUGUUUUAUAUAUCUACGAACCUGCCUGCGAAUCGAAAGGAAAUUUGAGAGAAGGAGAAGACGAGGCUGAGAGCCAAGAAAUAUGUCGACUUUGGACAACCUCAACCAAAAUGUUUUUGGGCUCGUGGCAUUGAUUGUUGCGGUAAUAGCACUUUUGACGACUUGUUUGCAGGUGGCGCAGCAAUAUUUCUCUAGUGCAGAGGGCUAUAGACGAUGUGCCGAGUCAGUGAUGGGACUUUGGUCCGGGGGAACUCAUCGACAGUUGAGGAUACGCGAGUUUCGAGUCGAGGUUGUUUUUGAAGUUCCAGUCAUAUUUGUUGCGCCGCCCAGCAAUCAAAGGGGUCCAAUCAUGAAUAGACCAAUUCAUUAUAUCGAUGGCACUCCCGAAUCAUACAAGAAUACCAAAGUUCGCCAACCGGACGAUCAAGAGAAGAAAGAUAGAGAAACUAUUCAACGGAUUCACACGGCGGAUGAUGAACGGGCAUCUUGGGUUACCUUACUAUCCAGUCUACAACAUGAAGAAUCAGAAUCACGAAAAUGGGACGAGGAAACUCGAUCGGAAAGACCACCAAGUGAUGGACGUAAAUCGAUAGACGCUCCAAAGUACGAAUUAGCUGUGGGUUUACAGGUCAAAACUCGGUCUUGGGAUUUCGUCCCAGCUAGUAUGACUAAACCGUAUGCUACAUCUGCUAUAUGUCACCUGGUGGAAAUGAUGGCAUUCUUAGGAAUGUAUUGGAAGGUAUUUGACCAAAUACAAUGGAAUCUCAGAGCCGAAGGAAAUGGUUUUAUUCUUACCUCGACGUCGGUUCAUGGUUUAGGUGUUAUGGUUGUGUUUACUGUUACAGGGAAAUCUACAUUUGAGCAAGAUCGUGUCAUCCCAUCAAAUGAUGUCAAGGCAUUAUGCUUUGGGACGGUCCCCAAUAUAUUCGAGGAAAAGGAAUACUUAGAAAAGGUGGAUACGGAAUCUCAAAGUUUAGAAUUGAAAUUUGGAAGUCAAGAUGAUGUGGACAUGACAUUGGAGUCACUUGGCUGUAAACCUCUAAUACUGGAACGAUAUAGGAAAGAUCACAGGCAUAUCUUCUCUGUAUCUUUUGAAAUCAUCGGCAUGCUCGGGAAGGUUACUCGAAUUCGUGGAAGCAAUUUCAAAAUGAUUCCCAACCCAACUCAAGAUCCUUGGUUGAAAAAAGCCGGUUCAAAACCCGCUUGGAGAGUCUCCAAACUGAUGACCAUCUUUCAGAAGAAACUUUGCGACAUUGUCGAAAAGGAAAGCAAUAUCUAUGGACCUUCCAGACCUCAUCCCUUCACCAAAGUUAUCGAACGAUGGCAGACUAUCCUCCGAUCUCUUAAUCCGGGAAAAGAAAUCGAUGAAUACAAUCUCAGCAUUGAAAUGCGCGAAAUGAUCCACAAUGCCAUAGACGAAGAAACAAAAUACCUCCUCCACGGUCUCAGACAAAAGGAUGUUCUUCAAGUCGUCGUUGCUCAUUUGGAUAAAGUGACGGAAAUUCUCGCACAGCCUAAAUCCUCUUUAAACUCCAUCGUUUCUGCCCAAAAGGAAGAACCUUUGCUGAAUGAAUAUUUCGAUAAGAUUCUACCUGCAGUUUCAGCACCUGUUAUUGAUGGAGAGGAGCUGAGUCUCUCGGAAAAGGAAAAGGAAACGGAAAAGGAAAAGGAAAAGAGAGCUACCAUCUGGGUCUCACUAAUGUUCAGAAUGUUGUGUUGGCUUUUGUUGCAUGAUUGGAAUAAAGAUGAUAGAUGCGGUGUUCCACCCGAUUUGAAGGGAAGUAGAAUGCCUGUUUUUAUUGGAUGAUGCUGGGAUGGACAAUAGGAAGAGAUGGAUGAUUUGGAGACAGGAGGACUGCGAUGAUGACAUUCACAGAUUGCUUUAUAUUCUUGCGAGUGCAUGGCUUAGUGGCGCUGGAAACAUAUCAUUAUUAUGGGGUUCUGGACGUUUAUGGCGCUAUGCAAAAUAGAGGAUCAUAGUACUCUUGCUGUCUUUAUGUAGAUAUACCCA